CGCAUGUUCAUUAUUGUGCAGCACUAUUUUUUUUCUCUUGUUUUGUUUUCUUAAUGAAAGAUUCUCUCAUUUAUUUAAAUUUGAUUUGUUCUGAUUCUCUACUUGUAAAGUCGUAUUAAUUAGUUUCCAACGUAAGCCUCUUAUGUUGGUUUUGAGAUAUCAUUACACAUUGUGCUAGCUUUUUACUUUCAGGAGAGAGAAUAGGGUAAAAAAAGGUAGAAGGAAAUCAUUUUUGGAUUGGGUUGUCGUCAUGGAAAACAAUUCUCUCUCUCUCAACAGAAAUUUGUAAAUUUCGAUGAAAUUAAUUGUGGAAUAUAUGCAAGAGGAUCGCAAGCUGAACCUUUAAUUAUGGUUAUGCAGUAUGUGGGAGUGUGAUUAUUAAGAAGAAGCUCCCUUGAUUAAUAAUGGCUGGUUUUAUAAUGCUUUUUCCCAAGAUGGUAAAGGCAGUAGUUUCCUUCCACGUGAAUAUGUUCUGGAAAGCAGUACUCUGGACUGUUGCUAUUGCAUCUCUUCCUGUACGGGUGUUGACUGCCUUGCAGAGGGAAAGGAUGCUGGAACAGCAUCUGCAUGAGAUUCAGUUUGAGUUGGAGACUCUUGUUUGGGACCGGAAGGAGCUUGAGGACCAUCUCCAAGCAGCUGUUAGAGAAAGCAGAAUUAUGGAGUCAAUGUUAAUUGAACUUGAAGGGGAACAUGACAAGGCUAUUGCCAGGAUUGAACUAUUAGAGGGUGAGUUGCAGGAUUUAAAGGAUGAAAACCUUCAGCUGAAAGAAGUUCAAGGUAAAGCGGCAUGCAGUUAUAGAGGUCAUGAUGCGACAAAUAAAGACAAAAGUCUGAAUACCGUUGAUGAUAAUCAUGUCAUUCCCUACAGUAUUGCAUCAUGGGUUUCCAAUUAUAAAGGGAGUGGCAUCUCCUUCCAGGAGCUGAUGAUGAACAGAGAAGUAUGGGAAGGUAAGAGCAAGAGUACUACUGAAAUGAUCAAUUUCUUAAAAGCUGGCCCUGCACCAAGCGGAUCCGUGGAAGUAUUUACACCCAGUGUUCAAAAUUUGGAAGUUGACACUGUUAUCGAACAACGAAAAGAGGUUGCACUUUCACAGACACUUUUUAGUGCAAUAUUAUCACUCUUGGUUGGAAUGAUUGUCUGGGAAGCUGAAGAUCCUUGCAUGCCUCUUGUGGUGGCUCUCUUUACUGUUGUUGGCAUGUCACUUCAAAGUGUGGUUCAAUUUUUCUUCAGUAUAAAGAACAAACCUGCUUCUGAUGCAGUUGCCCUAUUGAGUUUCAAUUGGUUCAUAGUUGGGACACUCAGUUAUCCAGCACUGCCAAAGGUUACCCGUAUGCUGGCACCACUGACCUUGAGCCUCGUGGACAGACUAGCAAGCUGGCUUGGUAUCUCAUUCAACUAGCUUUUAUAUCCCAUGGAGUACCCAUUGAGAUGCAUAUAUGUGUGUUCUCCAUAGAUUGUAAGGUAAAGGUUUUUACCAUUUUUUCUUUCUUGUUGCUGCUUUCUGUUCCGGAUUUGACCUCAACAUUUCAACAAGUUUGUAUUACCAUGUAAACUUGUAUGAAUGUGUCAUGGUGGACAGGGCAGAGUUGUAUAAGGAAAAUAGCUUCUUUUUUAAAUACAGCACUAGUUAGUUUUGUUU